GUGGACGGCGCUGCCCCGGAAGUGGACGGCGCGCCGCGGCGGGGUCGGUGAAGAUGCCGCUGCCGGUUCAGGUGUUUAACCUGCAGGGGGCCGUGGAGCCCAUGCAGAUCGAUGUGGACCCCCAGGAAGACCCGCAGAAUGCGUCCGAUGUCAACUACGUGGUGGAGAACCCUACUCUGGAUCUGGAGCAGUACGCGGCCAGCUACAGCGGGCUGAUGCGCAUCGAGCGGCUGCAGUUCAUUGCCGACCACUGUCCCCCACUGCGGGCAGAAGCCCUGAAGAUGGCCCUGUCCUUUGUGCAGAGGACCUUCAAUGUGGACAUGUAUGAAGAGAUUCACCGCAAGCUCUCGGAGGCCACCAGGGAGCUGCAGAACGCGCCGGACACCAUCCCUGAGAGUGGCGUGGAGCCGCCACCCCUUGACACGGCCUGGGUGGAGGCCACUCGGAAGAAGGCUCUGCUGAAGCUGGAGAAGCUGGACACGGACCUCAAGAACUACAAGGGCAACUCCAUCAAGGAGAGCAUCAGGCGCGGCCACGACGACCUGGGUGACCACUAUCUGGACUGUGGGGACCUGAGCAACGCCCUCAAGUGUUACUCCCGGGCCCGGGAUUACUGCACCAGCGCCAAGCACGUCAUCAACAUGUGCCUCAACGUCAUCAAGGUCAGCGUCUAUCUGCAGAACUGGUCUCACGUGCUGAGCUACGUGAGCAAGGCCGAGUCCACCCCGGAGAUUGCCGAGCAGCGUGGGGAGCGGGACAGCCAGACCCAGGCGAUCCUCACCAAGCUCAAGUGUGCUGCCGGCCUGGCCGAGCUGGCCGCGCGCAAGUACAAGCAGGCCGCCAAGUGCUUCCUGCUGGCCUCGUUCGAUCACUGCGAUUUCCCUGAGCUGCUUUCUCCCAGCAACGUGGCCGUCUACGGUGGCCUGUGUGCCUUGGCCACGUUUGACCGGCAGGAACUGCAGCGCAACGUCAUCUCCAGCAGCUCCUUCAAGCUGUUCCUGGAGCUGGAGCCACAGGUUCGCGACAUCAUCUUCAAAUUCUACGAGUCCAAGUACGCCUCGUGCCUGAAGAUGCUGGAUGAGAUGAAGGACAACCUGCUCUUGGACAUGUACCUGGCCCCCCACGUCAGGACGCUGUACACCCAGAUCCGCAACCGCGCCCUCAUCCAGUACUUCAGCCCCUACGUGUCGGCGGACAUGCACAAGAUGGCCACGGCCUUCAACACCACUGUGGCGGCGCUGGAGGACGAGCUGACGCAGCUCAUCCUCGAGGGGCUCAUCAACGCCCGCAUCGACUCCCACAGCAAGAUUCUGUACGCCCGGGACGUGGACCAGCGCAGCACGACCUUCGAGAAGUCCCUGCUGAUGGGGAAGGAGUUCCAGAGACGCGCCAAAGCCAUGAUCCUGCGGGCGGCCGUGCUGCGCAAUCAGAUUCACGUCAAGUCCCCUCCCCGAGAAGGGAGCCAGGGGGAGCUGACGCCGGCCAACAGCCAGUCCCGAAUGAGCACCAACAUGUGAGGGCGCCCACUGGCCUCCAGGAUCGGCUCGUGCCCUGCCUGCCCCCAUCCACGGCCUCGACACACAGGCUCCCACGGCUCACCCGCUACUUGUGGAGGGGCCUGUGUACCCCUGUGGCCCCUGCUAUGCAGGGCCCCCCGCAGGGGCAUCCAGGCCCGGCUUCUCGUGUUCCCUCGCCCCCUGCUGUGCCCUGGCUGUGCCCUGGCGAGGCGGGCUGCUGCUGCUCAAGGCCGUUCCCGGAAGGAGAGACCGGUAGGGCUCACCCGUGUGACUUCCCCGUGUCACCCCCACCCCCAGCAGCACCCCCUUGUUGUGUCACCGAGGGUGCAGGCAAGUUCAACGUCAGUCCAUUAAAGGGCAGCCUGAGAACA